UAGCUUUUGCGAGGUAGGUCACCCUCCACCCCCAACCGCUGCGCGCAUUAAAGCUGUAUGAAGAUGAGAAAGAGGAAGUUUUUUUUUAAAAUAUAUAUAUCAUCCAAAUGCAGCCUGUAUCGUGAGGAGCGGGCGGUGGUGGAAUCCCGUUCAUCUUUCCAGCAUCGCCGCCAUUUCUGAAGUAGACGGUUUGUGCGUCUAGCCCUCUCUCUGUGAGAGUACGUAGUGACUGCAUGCUCGUCGUAGAAAGCAAUUCUUAAUAUCGACGUGAAUCACGGAAACACCUGCGAUUACCCACUGGGUUUUUUUUUGUUUUUUUUGGGGGUGGGGGUGGGGGGGGUGAAGUGGAGUCCCCCCUUUUUUGUUCGCUAGUGUCAUGAUUUGAAUCCAUUAUUUUGAGGUCUCUUAUUUCUAGUACUUCUUCCUUGCAUUUCGUACGGGCUAUGUCGACAAAAAAAAAGACUCCAUUUUCCAGCGAUACGCAGUGCACCGAGGACUGUUGUGGACGAAGCAGCAGACUGGAGACUCUUAACAUCAUGGGGCUGGAUUAAACAAUCUGUUUUGGUAUUCUGGAUUGUCAUCUGUCAUCUCGCCCAAAUAUAGCAAAGGAAGGACAACAUUUUACUAUUUGGACUAUAUUGAAAUUCACGGGGAAAAAAAGGAAAAAAAGGAAAGAAACAGAGCUAUGGCUACAUUGAGGGAGCAUCUACGGACCGGACAUCUCCUACUUCAGCCUUUUUCUAUGUGCAGCAAGAAAAUGCGAUACGUCGGCACGAAGCGUCGCACGAGUACUCGUAAAUGGUGCUUUCAAUGGCUGGCUGUCCUGCUAAUGCACAUGUGUGCUGUGAAUGCUGAGAAAAUGUAUGAAAACGACCCAGUGGUCACCACCACCAACGGCAAGCUCCGUGGAAUCAAGAAGGACUUGAACAAUGAGAUCUUGGGCCCGGUGGUACAGUUUCUGGGCGUCCCGUUCGCAGCUCCGCCGACAGGCGAGCGCCGCUUUCAGCCACCGGAGACGUUAGCGCCGUGGCCGGAUAUCCGCAAUGCAACGCGCUUUGCCCCGGUGUGCCCCCAGAACAUUGUGGAGGGCCGCCUUCCUGAUGUCAUGCUGCCGGUGUGGUUCACCAACAGUAUUGAUGUGGUGUCAUCGUACGUCCAGGACCAGAGUGAGGACUGCCUCUACCUUAACAUCUAUGUGCCCACAGAAGAUGUCAAAAGAAUAUCCAAGGAAUGUGCAAGAAAACCGGGCAAGAAAAUAUGUAGGAAAGGAGGUCCCCUUACAAAGAAACACUCUGAUGAUUUAAGUGAUAGUGACCACGCAACAGAUGAAGACAUACGGGAGAGCGGAAGUCCCAAGCCAGUGAUGGUUUUCAUCCAUGGUGGCUCAUACAUGGAAGGAACUGGCAACCUGUUUGAUGGCAGCGUCCUGGCCAGCUACGGGAAUGUGAUUGUCGUAACAGUCAAUUACCGCUUGGGUGUUCUAGGUUUCCUUAGUACUGGUGACCAGGCAGCCAAGGGGAAUUAUGGUCUGUUGGACCAAAUCCAAGCUCUUCGCUGGACCAGUGAGAAUAUCGCAGCCUUUGGUGGUGAUCCAUUGCGUAUAACUGUGUUUGGGUCAGGGGCUGGAGCCUCUUGCGUCAACCUUCUCACACUUUCUCAUUACUCGGAGGGCAACCGCUGGAGCAACUCGACAAAAGGUCUGUUUCAAAGGGCUAUCACCCAGAGCGGCACGGCGCUCUCAAGCUGGGCCGUUAGCUUCCAGCCAGCUAAGUAUGCCAGAGCGCUGGGCCAGAAAGUCGGCUGUAAUCUGGAGGACACGGUGGAGCUGGUCACGUGCCUUCAGAGAAAACAUUAUAAAGAGUUGGUAGAUCAAGACAUCCAGCCAGCACGGUACCACAUUGCCUUCGGACCCGUUAUCGAUGGCGACGUAAUCCCCGAUGACCCUCAGAUACUCAUGGAGCAAGGUGAAUUCCUUAACUAUGACAUUAUGCUGGGAGUGAACCAGGGUGAGGGUCUUAAAUUUGUGGAGCUGAUGGUGGACAAUGAAAAUGGUGUUCAGGCCAAUGACUUUGACUAUGCUGUGUCAAGCUUUGUGGAUGACCUCUAUGGCUAUCCAGAGGGUAAAGACAUACUCCGAGAGACCAUCAAGUUCAUGUACACGGAUUGGGCCGAUAGGCAUAACCCGGAGACGCGCAGGAAGACCUUGCUGGCCCUGUUCACUGAUCACCAGUGGGUGGCACCCGCUGUGGCCACAGCUGACCUGCACUCUAGCUUUGGCUCUCCGACUUACUUCUAUGCAUUCUAUCAUCAUUGUCAAACAGAACAGGUGCCACCGUGGGCUGACGCAUCUCACGGAGAUGAGAUCCCCUACGUGUUUGGCCUCCCGAUGAUCGGCCCGACCGAGCUGUUUCCCUGCAAUUUCUCCAAGAAUGAUGUUAUGCUCAGUGCCGUGAUGAUGACUUAUUGGACAAACUUUGCCAAAACCGGAGACCCAAACCAGCCUGUACCACAGGACACCAAAUUCAUCCACACAAAGCCCAACCGCUUUGAAGAAGUAGCAUGGACACGCUACAACCAGAAAGACCAGCUGUACCUGCACAUAGGCCUCAAGCCCCGAGUCAAAGAGCACUAUCGUGCCAACAAGGUUAAUUUAUGGUUGGAGCUGGUUCCUCAUUUGCACAGCCUUAAUGAUGCCACUCAGCUUAUUCCCACUACCACCAAGAUCUCCCCAUCGGGCGCAAGCAAUCGCACCCCAAAGCCAAAGGUUCUAGUGACAAAGAACCCCAACCCAACUCCCCUCCCAACUGAGAUCCAGAACAUCCACAAGCAACCUCAUUUAGUAGACCAGCGUGACUAUUCCACCGAGUUGUCAGUCACUAUCGCUGUGGGAGCGUCUCUGCUCUUCCUCAACAUCCUGGCUUUUGCAGCGCUCUACUACAAGAAGGACAAGCACCGGCACGACAUCCACAAAGGCUGCAGCCCACAACAGAGUGCAACCAACGACCUUGCUCAUACACAGGAAGAAGAGAUCAUGUCUCUUCAGAUGAAGCAACACACAGACCUGGACCAAGACUGCAGGCGGAUGCAGGGUGAUCCGCUAAAUCCUCGCGACGUGUUGCUAAGGACUACCUGCCCGCCAGACUAUACUCUGGCCUUGAGGCGCUCACCAGAUGACAUCCCUCUCAUGACACCAAACACCAUUACCAUGAUCCCGAGUACUAUUGGACGUCUUACCUCCCUCCAAUCUUUCAGCACCUUUCCCAGCACCCAACAAAAUAACACUCUUCCCCACCCACACUCGCAUUCCACUACCCGAGUAUAGUCCAGGGUAUCCAUCCACUCAAACAAGCAGGACUCUCCUAACUCACGCCGCAGUCCUGUUUGAAAAUCUCGAAAUACUCUUGUCGGCGUCUGACGCCGAACCACUGGUCAUAGUAACGGUAUUAUUGAGGGAUACGUUUUUGGAAGACAAAAAUCCCCCAAAUGGAGAAGUACAAGAGACCUAGAUUAGGAGAAUUAGACAGUACCAUUCCAAUAUAUUUUUCAGCAUUUUUACUCACAGCAAAAGAUUGAACUGUAUAAUCUAAUCGUGUUACAGUCUGCUUGAGGCUGAGUGACAUUGGAAUAGAUAUUCAAUGCACUGUAGACUACUACAGGGCAGAUUCCCAAUUCAAAGCAAUUUUGGCAUGUAUGAAUACAUUGUUUUUGUUUGUUUGUUUUUUUAGAUGAAGACAAAAACAUUUAAGGAAGCGUAUGCAAUAUGCACAAUGGAAUUCUAAAGAAGCUUUUCUUCUUGUAUUUUCAAGAAUCGUGAAAAUAAAUUAACAGAACAAUGAAAAAAUGUAUUGCUGCACUUUGAGCAUCAAUGCUUUAUAGUUAUUCAAUCGAAAGGGUGGCGGGCGGGGUCUGUUGCAGCAGGACUGAAACCAAGGAUAUGUCGACAGAGAUCUGGCCGACCCGAAGAAUAAGUAGAUUUUAACACGAUGUGUGCAUGAUGGUUUAUUUUCUUGAUAAAAUUAAAAGGAUCAUUUUCACCGUCUAUUAAUGAAGUUGGUGGAAUUUCCUGGAACGAUUAUUGGUAAAACAUUUUCACACUACUGGUUACUGUUGCCUGGGACUUCACUCAGUAGGUACAAAUGUAGAAAUUAAUAUCUAGCUGGAAAUAUGUGAACAAGCUUUGCAAUCAACGAUGACACAUCCUUAAAUUAAUUGUACCGUAAAUCCAGCGCAAGGCUCCAAAUAAACACUUUUGCAAUGCUG